AUGGUCGCUCGACACAUCAAAACAGCGGGCUUAACACCAAAUACCACAAUCAAUCAGAAGAUGUCGGAUAUUGUGAAGGGCGUUAUUGAUGAUAUUCGUGCUAAUGGGGAUAAUGCCGUGAGGUCAUAUUCAGAAAAAUUCGAUAAAUGGUCACCACCGUCGUUUAAGUUGAGCGAGAGCGACAUCCAAGAAUGCAUAUCUAAAGUGCCCGCGCAGACGAUCGCGGAUAUCAAGGAGGCGCAGAAAAAUGUGCGGACAUUUGCCGAAGCGCAAAGAGCAAGUAUCAAGGACUUCGAGAUUGAGAUACAGCCGGGUGUGUUUUUAGGUCAGAGGAAUAAUCCGAUUAGUACGGCCGGCGCUUAUAUUCCAGGUGGACGGUAUCCGCUGUUUGCGUCGGCGCAUAUGACGAUAUUAACGGCGAAGGUUGCUGGUGUCAAACAUGUUAUCGCUUGCACUCCGCCUAUUGCGGGACAGAUACCUAAUGCUACUGUCGCGGCGGCGCAUUUCGCCGGCGCGGAUGAGAUUUUCUUACUUGGAGGGACACAGGCCAUUGCCGCUAUGGCGCUAGGGACGGAAUCUAUUAAGAAAAUUGAUUUUAUCGCUGGACCAGGGAAUCCUUUUGUGGCGGAGGCGAAGCGACAGCUUUUUGGUGAGAUUGGAAUUGACUUACUGGCUGGACCGACUGAGAUUCUCAUUGUCGCUGAUGAGCAUGCGGAUCCUUUUACCCUUGCGACGGAUUUAUUAUCGCAGGCUGAACACGGUCCGGAUUCACCUGCUAUACUCAUCACAACAUCAGAGGAAGUUGGGCAAAAGACGAUUAAAUACGCUGACCAGAUUCUGGUAGAUAUGCCCACGAAGGAAUUAGCGGGAACUUCGUGGCGGGAUUACGGUGAGGUGGUUGUGGUGGAUAACUUGGAUGAAGCGUAUCAACUCGCGGACGUGUACUCAAGCGAACAUGUGCAAAUUUUGACCCAAAACCCCAGAGAGGCGCUGGAGAAGAUGAAAAACUACGGUGCAUUAUUCCUUGGCGAGAAGACUUGUGUUUCAUAUGGUGAUAAGUGCAUCGGAACGAAUCACGUUUUACCUACUCGGAAAGCAGGUCGAUAUACCGGUGGUCUAUGGGUGGGAAAGUAUUUAAAAACGCAGACAUACCAAGAAGUUGUCGACGAGAAAGCGAGUGGUGAGAUCGGACGUCUUUGCGCGCGCUGUUCACGAGCCGAGAACUUCGAGGGGCAUGCGAGGUCCGGAGAUCUCCGAGCGCAUAAAUAUCUUCAAGACGCUUAUUCCUGGAUUGAUGAAGCUAGGGUAUAA